UUCAAAAAUUGUUAUAUUUUGGAUGACUAAUUUACCCACCAUCCACUUUAUUUAACCCAUUCAAGUCCUUUCUUCUCCCACCUCAAAUUUACUUUCAAGUUAAUUGUCCAAACUCCAAAAACAAGGGGUAGUCACAGAAACCAAUAAAAAAAUAAAGACACAUCACUCAUCAACUCAUCAACUCAUCAUCACAAUCUCACAAGCAAACAAUUUUCUUUUCCCUUUCCCAAACUGCCUACCUUCAGUUUCCGUUUUAGAGCCUCUUAUUUGUAAUAUCCCAAACUAUUUUUUUUCUUUUUUUUUUCUUUUCCCCUUUGAAAAAAGCAAAACAAAAAAAAAAAAAAAAAAAAGAAGAAGAAGAAAUCAAAUCAAAGAAUCAAAACUCCAUUUCUUAUAUGCCUCCUCCAAAAACCAUCUAAACUCCUACUACUGCCAAAAGAACACCCAUUUCAAAGCCAUCUUUUCUUCUCUCAACUUCCCUUAAAAAAAAAAAAAAACUCCAUUUCUAAGAAGAAGAAUAAGAAGAUAAAAGAUGGCAAUCUGCACAGUUUACACAACCCAACUGAACCCCACAUGCUCAUCAAUCUCCAAACCAUCAAAAUCCCACUUGGGAUUCCACCAAAGACAAGUGGUGUUGUACAAAAGAAACAGCACCAAUACAUACAGGCCGAGAUCUUCAGGCUUCAGCAGGCCAUCGUACUCGAUAAUUACAUGCGCGGCGGAUCAGACGGUGGUGAUCGGCCUCGCCGCCGACUCGGGAUGUGGGAAGAGCACCUUCAUGAGGAGGCUAACGAGUGUGUUUGGAGGCGCUGCUGAGCCGCCAAGAGGAGGCAACCCAGAUUCCAACACUUUGAUAAGUGACACAACAACUGUUAUAUGUCUUGAUGAUUAUCAUUCCUUGGACAGAACUGGAAGGAAAGAAAAGGGUGUCACUGCUCUUGACCCAAGAGCCAACAAUUUUGAUCUUAUGUAUGAGCAAGUCAAGACCAUCAAAGAAGGUGUGGCUGUGGAGAAGCCCAUUUACAACCAUGUCACUGGACUUCUUGACCCUCCUGAGCUUAUCAAGCCACCCAAGAUUCUGGUCAUUGAAGGACUCCACCCAAUGUAUGAUGAACGAGUGAGGGACCUCUUGGACUUCAGUAUCUAUUUGGACAUCAGUAAUGAGGUUAAGUUUGCAUGGAAAAUUCAGAGAGACAUGGCAGAGCGUGGACACAGUCUUGAAAGCAUCAAGGCCAGUAUCGAAGCCCGGAAGCCCGAUUUCGAUGCUUAUAUUGAUCCUCAGAAGCAAUACGCAGAUGCUGUGAUCGAAGUCCUCCCAACUCAACUCAUUCCGGAUGACAAUGAAGGGAAGGUGUUGAGAGUCAAGUUGAUCAUGAAAGAAGGGGUGCAGUAUUUCAGCCCUGUUUACCUGUUUGAUGAAGGCUCAACUAUUUCAUGGAUACCCUGUGGAAGGAAGCUCACCUGCUCGUACCCCGGAAUCAAAUUCACAUACGGUCCUGACAGCUACUACGGCCAUGAGGUGUCUGUUUUGGAAAUGGAUGGGCAAUUUGACAGAUUAGAUGAGCUGAUUUAUGUGGAGAGCCAUUUAAGCAACAUCUCAACCAAGUUCUAUGGAGAAGUCACCCAACAAAUGUUGAAGCAUUCCGACUUCCCGGGAAGCAACAACGGGACCGGUCUUUUCCAAACCAUAAUCGGACUUAAGAUCAGAGAUCUAUACGAGCAGAUCGUUGCUAGCAGGAGCCAAACUCCAGUAGAAGCAAAGGCUUAAAAAAAAUUGAUGAAAUAAAUGAAUGUCUUGUUUUGGCCAAAUAAGGCAAUGAAUCCACAAAACUCAAUCUUCCCUUUUCAGUUUUCUACUCUCCCACUAUCUCUCGCUCUCUUUUUAUGGUUUCUGUUGAGUGUUAGGAUAUUCCUACUACGAGAAAAAGAGAACACUCUGUAUGUAGUACUUGUUCUUUCUGUUGUGAUUCUGUUGGAGAUCAUCUGUAAUAUAUAUAGAGAAUCUAAAAAAAAAAAAAAAAAAGCAGAGAAUGAAAUUCAGUUGAGUUCUUAA